AAAAUCUGUAGUCUUUGUGACAGAGAAUAGGCAUUAAUGUUAGGAAGAAAAAGCGUGCUGAUUAAGAAAAGCUAGAGGGAAAGCGAGCCAGGGCCGGCGUUUCUUCAAAUAACUGCAGUCUGCCUCUACGGCAGCAAAAAUCAGCUGCCAGCACCCAACCCUCCUCUCUUUACCCCAAAGACACUUUCACUUCUCUUUCUCUAACCAUGGAUGAACCGCCGCCACCACCGUCGCCAUCAACUCUGCGCCGGCGGAACUCCAUAUCGAAUCCAGUACUAGUUCCCACGAAGCUGGCUCUUCCUACUGCGAAACCCCUCCAUACCUCCUCUAGCCUCCCUAACGGCGGUGCAUCGUCGCACCCACCACUUGACCUCGAGCUCUUCCCCCUCAAACGUCCUCCCUGCCACACCUACACAUCCCUCAAGGAUCUUAUCAUCCCUUCUGCUACCGUCAACUCUCCCACCGCUGCUUCCUCCACCCCUAACUCUGGGUACGAAAUUUCCAUCCGGAACCGCUUGGUGAAGCAAGCCGCCUGGGCCUACCUCCAGCCUAUGCCCUCCUCCCCUCACUACUCCGGCCCAAGCUUCUUCCGCCGCCUCUGGCUCCGCAUAUCCUCCUACAACCCUUUUUCCAGCUGCUUUCGAUUCAUUCACAUUCACCUCCUCCCAUGUCUGAUGCGGGUCUUUGAUCGCCUCCUUCGCGUCUUAGGAAUUCACGUCGGCAGAUAGCGGGGUCCGACUGCUGAAACUCAUUGAAACUCACCGGACUGGUAUGAACAUUUACAGGACUCAGUUUUUCCUUAAAUUUGUACAAUUUUAGAUUUCUGAAGAAGAAUUCUUACACAGAAACAAGGAAUUUCAGAAUGUUAUGAUACAGAGAUGGAAAGAAUGAAUCAAAUUCUAGAUU